GCUUUCUAAAACAAUGGAUAACUCCCAGAGUAUCUUUGGUUCCAAAUUUUGUUCUUCUUGUUGCUCAUUAUAAGAUGAAUAAACUCUUUGAUAGCAUUUUUGAUUUUAAAAAGAGAUGGUGAAAGAAAAAACCAAUGACGAAUUUCUAUUUAUCACUUGAAUGUAAUAUUCUCUAUUGGGUCAGUUAAUUUUGAAGGAACAAGUGCAUGAAUUUUACUGAUAAAUAGGGAGGAAAAAAUCUAAAGACAAGAAUUUGCUUUUUAGUUCAAGAAGUUGAGGUAGAUGUUGCUAAAUACCUUGGCCACUGAGCAGUCUGAUUUUGGGGAAGUGUUUUGGGAGGAAGAAGGUAGGAGUUCUAGUUUGAUUCUUUGAUCUGAUACAUUUAUUAGCUUUGUAAUGGUGGGUAAGCCACUUACUUAUUUGGACCUAAAUUUCUUCACUGUAAAGUUAUAGUAGCAGGUUGUUGUCAGGAAAAUGCUUUCUAAAAUGUAAAGCAUUCUAAAUGGGCACUGCUACUCUGACAGUAAUAAUCUGUCAAACAUUCCUACAUCUCACAGCUGCAGAAGAACAGGCUUGGACACCUUUAGAGUUCCCAUUUGGUCCCUCUGAAAAAGCUGAACUCUCCUGCACUGUAUUUCCAGGGUCUUCGUCUCUUUGAUUGCAUUAAGUAGAUUCUUCAUAAAGGUCUCUCUGAAUUAUGGCGAACAGUUGGAUAGCUCAGCUGCUAAUUUCCCCCCUUGUUUCUCCUUUUUAGCUCAGUUAGAUGUUCUUGUGUUUUCUUUAUUCUGUUGUGAAUCUAAAUUAUAUGUACCCUUUUCCUCCAAUCAGAAAAAGUAUGGGUUUAUUUAUUUAAACUCUAUAUGACAAUAAGAGAUGACACAAUGUAGUUCCUUUAGGGUUUACAAAGUACUUUACCUAGAUUAUUCAUGUAGAUCUAGAUGAGAAUGAAAAAAACAAUUUACAAGGAUCUGAAUUCACACCCUUGAGGGCUAGUACUAUUUCCUCUGUACCACACUGUCUUUAUUACUUAUACUUCAUUAUCUUAUUUAAUUCUCACGACCACUCUUUAGAGAGGCACCAUGGCAUAAAGCAAGCUGGCCUCAGAGUCAGUAAAGCAUGAAUUCCAAUCCUACCUGUAGUUCAUGUUGCCUAUAUGGCCUGUUUAGUCAUAAUCUCUCAGUGCCCCAGGCAACACUCAGAGACUGAGAAACAAAGUGGUUGCUGGUCUCCAUUGAUAGAGUGAGCACUUCCCUUAUACACACACACAUCAAAACUUCCCUGUGAGUUAGGUACUACAUGUAUUAUUUCUACUGUUUUUCAGUUGAAGAAAUUCAAGUUUAGUGAGCUUAAAUAGCUUAUUUAGCUGCUGUUUGUCUUAUAGCCGACUCGACCUCCCUUUCUCCAGUGUUGGGAACUUUCUGCCUCUCCAUGCCUCCAAUCCUCACUCUUUCCACCCGACUACAAACGCCUGGACCUAAUCUGGGAUAAUUCUUGGCUGGGCCCAGGUUUGGGGGUAACAUGGGGAGCUCAGCUUCCUCACUGGCUGCAGAGACGGAAUCAGACCACGGCUUCACUGGCCCAUCCUAUCCUGGGCACCCGGCUACAGGCUGGUAUAGGAGUAGCCACAGUGGUCCUGUGUGGGAAAGUGCCCUAAUAACACGGCAGCAUCAGCAUUUACAUCCCAGGGCACGAAGCCACACCCAUUCGCCUGGUUCUAUGGCCGCAGUCCGGGAGUGGUCCUGUACCCGGUGCACUUUCCUGAACCCCGCCGGCCAACGCCAGUGCUCCAUCUGCGAGGCCCCCCGACAGAAGCCCGACCUCAACCACAUCCUGCGGCUCAGCGUGGAAGAGCAGAAAUGGCCCUGUGCCCGCUGCACCUUCAGAAACUUUCUUGGCAAAGAGGCCUGCGAGGUGUGUGGCUUUACUCCAGACCCUCUGCCAGGGACGUCCCCUCUGCCCAUCAUCAAUGGGGUGCUCCCUAAGCCCCCCACCAUCUUAGUGGAGCCCAAAGGGAGCUGCAAAGAGGAGGCGGUGCUGAAGGUGGAGGCCGGGGAAUCAGGAGCCAAGAGCCCCAAGGAAGCGGAGCCAGAGAGCGGGUGGGCCUGCCAGCGAUGCACCCUCCAUAACACUCCUGUUGCCAACUCCUGCUCUGCCUGUGGGGGCCCUCGAAAACUCUCGCUGCCUAAGAUCCCCCCGGAGGCCUUGGUGGUCCCUGAGGUCAUCACCCCUGCUGGCUUCCACGUGGCUCCUUCCACUCCACAACCCAGCUUGCCCCCAGACCUUCCCGACGUUGACUCCACCUCAGCUAACCAAGAUCCCCCUGCUACGGAGCAAGAGCUCCCCAAAAUGCCAUCGUUCAGUCCUUUUUCCCCCACCCUGCAGAACAACCCAGUCCCUAGAAGCCGCCGGGAGGUACCUCCCCAGCUACAGCCGCCGGUGCCUGAGGCUUCCCAGCCCGCAACGACCACCCCUGGACCCAAGGGAUCCCCCCAGGGGCAGGGCCGAGCACCCGCUGCUGCCCGCUUCCAAGAAAUCCUAGCCACCAAGCGGCUGAGCGUGCUGGAGGAGGAGGCAGAAGCCAGUUCCCCUCUGUGGAGGUGCAGCUCCUGCUCCCUGGCUAAUCCCUGCGGGGCCUCGAGGUGUGAGAACUGCGGUGCCCCCCAGGGCAGCGACGUCAUUGACCUGACUGGUGACACCGUCCGCUUCACCCCUGCCAGCCCCUCCAGCCCCGACUUCACCACCUGGUCGUGUGCCAGAUGCACCCUCAAGAACCCCACUGUGGCUCAGAAGUGCAAAGUCUGUGGGUCCUCCAAGCUGCACGGCUUCCAAGAGCAUGGUGGUGGGGCCACCCCAGGGGAGCCCGCUGCCCGCUGCCCAGACUGCAGCGCCGACAAGCCCGGGGACUGCUGCUGCGGCCGGGCCCCCUCGGCCCGCAAGGCUGCCCGUCUCUUCCCCUCGCCGCCCGCCGCGCUCUCCGAGUGGGCCUGCCCGGCCUGCACCCUGCUCAAUGAGCUGAAGGCCAAGAAUUGUGCUGCUUGCCACACCCCGCAGGGCUGCGUGGCCCAGCGCAAAGGAGCCAGGCCCCUGACGCGCAGGGAGAGCAUGCACGUGGAGAAGCGGAGGCAGACCGAUGAAGGCGAGGCCAAGGCCCUGUGGGAGAAUAUCGUGAGCUUCUGCCAGGAGAACAAAGUGAACUUCGUGGAUGAUAGCUUCCCCCCUGGUCCUGCGUCUGUGGGCUUCCCUGAAGGGGAUAGUGUCCAACAGCGGGUAAAACAGUGGUUACGACCUCAUGAAAUCAACUGUAGCAUUUUCAAAGAACAGACAGUUGGUUGGUCAGUGUUCCGGACGCCCCGGCCCUCUGAUAUUCUGCAAGGACUCCUAGGAAACUGCUGGUUCCUCAGUGCCCUGGCAGUGUUGGCUGAGCGCCCGGAGCUGGUGGAGCGGGUGAUGAUCACCCGUACUCUCUGUCCAGAAGGGGCAUACCAGGUUCGGCUGUGCAAGGAUGGCACGUGGACCACAGUGCUGGUUGAUGACAUGCUGCCCUGUGACGAGUGUGGGUACCUUCUCUUCUCUCAGGCCCAGCGGAAACAGCUGUGGGUUGCUCUCAUGGAGAAGGCUCUGGCCAAGCUGCAUGGUUCGUACUUUGCCCUCCAGGCUGGGCGUGCCAUCGAAGGCCUAGCCACCCUCACUGGUGCCCCCUGCGAGAGUCUGAUGCUGCAGGUCAGCUCCACUAACCCCCGGGAGGAGCCCAUUGACACUGACCUCAUCUGGGCCAAAAUGCUGAGUUCUAAGGAGGCUGGGUUCCUUAUGGGUGCUUCUUGUGGCGGAGGCAACAUGAAGGUGGACGAUGCAGCCUACGAGAGCAUGGGCCUACGUCCCCGCCAUGCCUACUCCAUUCUGGAUGUCCGGGAUGUCCAGGGCUUCAGGCUCCUCCGACUUCGGAACCCUUGGGGACGAUUCUCCUGGAACGGCAACUGGUCAGAUGAGUGGCCUCACUGGCCUGGGCACCUGCGCCAUGAACUAAUGCCCCAUGGCAGCAGUGAGGGGGUCUUCUGGAUGGAGUACAAUGACUUCAUGAGGUACUUUGAUUCUGUUGAUAUUUGCAAGAUCCACUCAGACUGGCAUGAAGUGCGAGUGCAGGGUGCCUUCCCCAAUAAGGCCAGCGGGCCCAUCACGGUGACCUCCCUGACUGUGCUAGAACGAGCCACUCUGGAGUUUGCUCUCUUCCAGGAGGGGAGCAGACGGUCAGACACUGUUGACAGCCACCUCCUGGACCUUUGCAUCAUGGUAUUCCGAGCGACCUUCAGCAGCGGGAAUAAGCUGAGCCUGGGCCGACUCCUGGCCCACAGUAAGCGAGCGGUGAAGAAGUUUGUGAACUGCGACGUGAUGCUGGAGCCAGGGGAGUAUGCAGUCGUGUGCUGUGCCUUCAACCACUGGAGCCCCACCACAACAGCUCAGGUUUCCAGCCCCACAGGAGGAGUAGGGCGCUCUGCCCCAGAGCCUCCUGGGCACAUAUUGGCUAUCUACAGCUCGAGACAGGUCAUGGUGGAACAGAUCGAAGCCCAGCCCACCACUCUGGCCGAUGCCAUCAUCCUCCUGACUGAGAACAAGGGCGAGAGGCACGAGGGCCGGGAGGGCAUGACCUGCUACUACCUGACACACGGCUGGGCAGGCCUGAUCGUGGUCGUGGAGAACCGGCAUCCCAAGUCCUAUCUGCACGUGCAAUGUGACUGUACCGACAGCUUCAAUGUAGUCUCUACCCGAGGCAGCCUCAAGACCCAGGACAGCGUGCCACCCCUGCACAGGCAGGUGCUGGUGAUCCUAUCCCAGCUGGAGGGAAAUGCCGGCUUCUCCAUCACACACCGCCUGGCUCAUCGAAAGGCUGCCCAGGCCUUCCUCAACGAUUGGAUGUCCACCAAAGGGACCCACAAUCCUCAUCUCACAGCCGAGGUUGCUGGGCUCCAUGGACCCCGGCCCCUAUGACCCACGUUCUGCCCUUCCAGGGGCUCCCCACUCCUCCUGCCCAUCUCCUCCUUGCUUCAUGCCUUCUGUUUGGGUUCCCGGCCCCUGCUGCUCCUCACUGCAGCAGAACCCAUCCAUCUCCCAUGCCCCCACCCACAGUCACACCUUCUUCUUGAUUCCUCUAAGGGUUCUUCUGGAGUCUCUGCCUUGGAGCCAGCACACCUGAAGUGAAGUGAAGGCCCAGGCCCUGGCUCUGUCUGUCUUGUUUCUGCCCUAGGGCGCAUCGAGAGAGAUCAGACCAGGUUUGGGAUUGCUAUCACUUCCCCUCCCCCUAGUUGCAUGCACUUUAUAAGGGAGACUUGGAGGAUGUAGGGGGCAGGGACUUAACAAUGCUUGAACCUUAGAAAUCUCAGGAUCCCCACCCAAGGGACACAGACCUGUAGCCUGAAGUGGGCAUUACCAACCUCCUGAUUCUGACAUCCUCCUGCUUAUCGCAUGGAGAGCUGAAUGGUGGCCACCCAGAGGCGGGACAUGGUGGUGAGCCCUCGUGGUCCAGGACCCAGCCAUGGCAUCAGCUUCUUGCAAAACACAAUACCUCUAAAGAAGACACUGGUUGUCUCCACUGUGGCCAGUCCCUGGGAAGCUUCUAGAGAUCUAGCUGAGUGGAGAAAAGAGACUGAGGGCCGGGCUUCAAGGGCGGGUUGGAGGAGAUGUCCCUCUGAGCCCCUUUUCUGGUUUCUUCUGUCAUGGGAAUUUGGGGGCCUUCCUAUGGAAAAUUUUAGCCAGGAUCUCAACCACAAAACCAAAAUAUUCCUGGGGGCAGGAUUGGAAGUAUUUCGGUGUUUAUGGAAGGAAGGCUUCCAUCGGAGGUCCCUGGCUCAGCUUUCAGGUCCAAGCUCAUCUCUUCCUUCCCCUUCCCUGAUUCAUCUCCUUUCAGGGAUACAGCAGCCAUCUCCCUCUCCCCAUUUCCUAACCUCACCCCCAGGUAAUGGGGACCUACUACCCCAGUUGGAGGGACGAGGGUCCUGAAGGCAGCUGGGUACACCCUGGCUUUUCACCUGCUCUGUGGGGAGGGCUCGUCAGCAGCUGAGCAGGAAGACAGAAGCGAGCUCGGCCCAGAAGGAUGCUGUAAAACCGAAUGAAGUGAUGUCUAAAGGAGACGGGAAUAAAAGUGGGGAGUCCAAAGGCCUGGAUUCAAAGAGAAGGUCCUCUCUUGCCUCUCCUCAUGAGCCCUUCCCCUCCCACCCCCACUAAUGAUACUAUGCAACUCCUGGAGUGAGCAGUGCUAGGAUAGAAGCCAUGACCCUGAGGACGGAGAUGGAUCCCUGGGCCGCCCCGGGGAAGAGGCUGCCGGGGCUCGGAAUUUCACUUAGGCCUCUUCGUGGUAGUGAGAUCUAGUCUGUGUCCAGCUUGGCCUAGGAUGGGCGUGGGAGGGGAAAUGUCCGUAAGGUCCCUAAGUGGCCGUGUUGCCCCAUGGGAAUCUUUUUCAUUUUUAAUGGAAUUCCUUCUCAAACCCGUAGGCGAACCCUUCUGCCUGUGAGCCCGGGAUGUCGGGGUGGACCAGGUUGUUCUGAACCCCUGGGGAAGGGUGGGAUGGAGUAAGUCUGCCUCAUUUGGGGAGGGGGCCGGUAUGCUCGCUCCUCUGGCCCCAGAGGCCCUUGAGGUGACAGAUAGCUGUUCCCAGUGAAGUUCCAGCCGCUGCCCAAGGCUCCAGCUCAGAACAACCUGCCACCCCAGACUCUCGGGCCAUCGUAGCCCCAGCCUCAUCCUGGCUCGGGGAGGCUGUGGAGGGCCCUAGAACCCGUCUCCCUUUUGGAACCACAAAAAUAGUUGGGCCACCCGUCCCCCGAGGUUUGAAGUGAAACCGGCACUUGGGAAACCCAGGAUUCCUCCCCUCCAAUAGGUGCUACGUUUUUAAACCCAGGGCCCUCUCUGGGAGUUGUACCCCAGCAGCAGGGGAAGGGCAAGUCCAGCUGGAGUCAUGGUUCCCACUUGGCUCUGGCUCCAGCUGAGACAGCCAGCCUGGCGUCCUGUUGGGCAGGGGCCCCAUUUAGGGCCAGGCUCAACAGAGACUUCAGAACAAGCACUCGAUAGAAGCACGUCCCAACUCCACGCACUUGGAUAUCCCCCGGUCGAAUGGCAUCCUUCACCCAGCAGCUCCCAGCAGCCACCCCCAGUGCCAGGCCUUGGCCUAGUACACAUCAGUCUUGUCCCCAGCAUCCAUUUUGCAGAGGACCUUUUGCUGUCAUUAAGUUACCAAAUCUUCUCUCAAGCCCCAGCUCUUUUUUCGGAAGCCCAGGGUGAAAAAUCCAGCCUCGGGGUGGGGGUGGGGAGAGUCAGCCUUGGGGCCCAAGUGGCUGGUAGAGCCCCAGUGAUUGCUUUCUCCACCAUCUUCCCUAUCCCUGCCCCCACCCAUGUACCCUUUCUCCCAGCAUUCCCUGCGCCCUGCCACCAGAGCGGGGGCGGCCGGGGAAUGUUUAAUUCUUUGGUGUCUGUUUUGUGAAUGUCUGAGCCCGGGCUCCCUGCAGGAGGGAGGAAUGGGAAGGAGGCUCCCCAAUCCUUGGCCCUCCUGCAGGACCCCACCUCUGCACUGCCUCAUCAGACCUGCUGCCCCCUCCCCUGGCAGCGGGGAGCCAAGCUCAUCCAGCCCUUCGUUUCUGUGGUUCCCUUUUUUUAAAAAAAAAUUGUCAAAAAAUACCUAAAACACUAUAAUCUCCCCUUCCUUUUCUUCUUUUUAUUUCCUUUUAUUCUCUGAGCUGUGAAUAUUUUUAACCCUGUAAAUACUGUCCAGCUCUUAUGAAACAUAGGCUAUUUUAUCAAUUGUAAAUCAGAACUGUAAUCCCUGUAUGAUACGAAUUCUCCAUGGGUGGUUUUCAGACUCAGGCUCCAAUGGACCAAAUAAAAAGUUUUGUUUUUUAAUGAA